GCUCCCGUCCCGGCCUCGCGCGGCGUGCGGAGGCCGCCCCCUGGCGGCGGGUGGUGCCGCCCCUCCCUCCGCUUCCCCUCCCUCCUCCCUCCAUGCCCGCUCCGGCUGCCGGGUCGCGGCCGUCCCGGCUCCAAGAUGGCGCAGGCGAUCUUCGAGGCGCUGGAAGGAAUGGAUAAUCAGACGGUGCUGGCUGUGCAGUCCUUGCUGGAUGGUCAAGGAGGUGUAACAGAUCCAUCUGCUCAAAAUGUCAAUGCAGCCGCCGCCAUCCAGCCCAUGGAUGACGAAGAUGUCUUCCUGUGUGGGAAGUGCAAGAAGCAGUUCAACUCCUUGCCUGCCUUCAUGACCCACAAGAGAGAGCAGUGCCAGGGAAAUGCCCCUUCCCUCUCCACGGUCUCGCUGGCCACCAACAGCGUGUACACCCCUUCCAUCACGUCGGUGCAGCAGGCUCCGAGCGCGAGCCGACAGCAAAUUUCUACAUACAUCACUGUUCCUCCAUCACCUUUGAUUCAGACCCUGGUGCAAGGGAACAUCUUGGUUAGUGAUGAGGUGCUGAUGUCAGCCAUGUCUGCUUUUACAUCCUUGGACCAGCCCAUGCCAGCGGUGCAGCCCCCAGUACAGAGCAGCUUGAGUAUGCACGCGGGGGCUGGUUACCUCUCGCAGCCCCCUCCGCCUCCACCUCCCCCACCACCACCUCCUCCACAGCCCCCGCCACCCCCCCCACCAAACCUGGGGGCUCCAGGGCAGCCCAGCGCUGGCAGUGGCGUGGUCGAAGUGUACAGUGCUCCUGCACCCAUGGCAGCAAACAGCUCCGUGGAGAUCCAGGCGCUGGGGAUGCAGCCCUACCCAGCCAUGGAGGUACCAAGCCAGUGUGUGGAAAGUCCUGUGUACCCCUCUCCCCCUGUGUACAGCCCUGGGAAGCAGGGGUUCAAGCCCAAGAGCGCCAACGUUCCCACACCUUUGACCAGUGCAGGAGGAGGCAACGUGGUUGGUUUUGAUUCCACCCCAGCUGUCAAAAGUAGACGUUCCAAAAGUGAGAGUGGGCUGCAGGAAGGGAAACCCAAGUCCCCAAAGCUGAAAUGCACUUACUGUGACAAGGCCUUUACCAAAAACUUCGACCUGCAACAGCACAUCAGAAGUCACACAGGUGAGAAGCCCUUCCAAUGCAUCGUGUGUGGCCGAGCCUUUGCCCAGAAGUCCAACGUGAAGAAACACAUGCAAACCCAUAAAGUGUGGCCUCCAGGACUAGGAUGCACCAUCUCCCGUAACUCCAUCACAGUGCAGGUCAUGGCCUUGAAUCCCAACCAGGCGGAGGAUGAGGAGAACACAGGUUUGACUCAGCCCUCUAGGAACCCUGCACAACCUCCCCAAGACAUGAGCCCAAUGGAGGAGAGUGAGGCUGGCAAACUGGAAGCCAAACAGGUUGUCCUGAUCGACAGCUCUUACCAGUGCCAGUUCUGUCCCAGCAAAUUCAACACCUAUUUCCAGCUCAAAUCGCACAUGACACAGCACAAGAAUGAACAGGUGUACAAGUGCGUGGUGAAAAGCUGUGCUCAGACCUUCCAGAAGCUGGAGUCUUUCCUCGACCACAUCAAGAGCCACCAGGAGGAGCUGAGUUAUCGCUGCCACCUCUGCAGCAAGGACUUCCCCUCCCUGUAUGAGCUGGGCGUCCACCAGUACUCGCACAGCCUGCUGCCCCAGCACAGCCCCAAGAAGGACGUGGCCGUGUACAAAUGUGUGAAAUGUGUAAAUAAGUACUCCACCCCUGAAGCCCUGGAGCACCAUCUGCAGACAGCAACACACAACUUCCCCUGCCCUCACUGCCAGAAGGUGUUCCCCUGUGAGAGGUACCUGCGCCGCCACAUCCCCACCCACGGCGGAGGCAGCAAGUUCAAGUGCCAGAUCUGCAAGAAGUUCUUCCGCCGGGAGCACUACCUCAAGCUGCACGCCCACAUCCACUCGGGGGAGAAGCCCUUUAAAUGCUCAGUGUGUGAUGCAGCUUUCAAUCGGAAAGACAAACUCAAGAGGCACAUGCUGAUCCACGAACCUUUCAAGAAGUAUAAAUGUCCUUUCUCAAGCCACACAGGUUGCAAUAAAGAGUUCAACAGGCCUGACAAGCUGAAAGCUCACAUACUGUCCCAUUCAGGGAUGAAGAUCCACAAGUGCCAGUACUGUAACAAGUCCUUCAGCCGACGAGCCCACAUGAUAGAGCAUCAGCGCUCGCACACUGGCAACUACAAGUACCGCUGCCCCACCUGCAGCAAAGGCUUCACGCGCCACAAGUACAUGAAGGACCACAAGUGCCGUCUGGGCUCACCCAAGGACAAAGACCUGCAGCUCAGGAAGCCCCAGAAGAAACGGGUGGUGCGGGGACGCAAGGCAGGCCUUUCCCUUCCCAACCAGCUGGCUCUGGCAGAGCUGAAGGACAGUGCUGCUGGGGAAAGCCCCCAGGAAGACGUCCCUAACAAAGAGCCAUUCCAGGAGUCGGAUGCAGUCCUGUCCAUUGUGGUUGGUGGGUCGGGAGCUGCUGACUCGGACCUUGUUGUUCCUGGGCAGCCCAGCGGUAUCGGAUCCAAUUUGUCCUUGGCAGAACUGCAGGCUGCCUCAGACAGCCCCUGCACCAUGCUGGCCGUCCCUGUUUACAUCCAAACGACGGAGUGAUCGUGUGUAGAGCCACUGUGUGGCUCGGGGCUGCUGCUGGGAUUGUCAGACUCAGUGCUGAAAUUUAUCCUGGUGAAAAAGACCGAAGCUCUUGUGGGGAGUAGGUGGAUAUGGGAGAGAAUGGCUUUCAUUUCCACUUGUUCUUCCCCUCCACGGUUGAAGGACUUAUUGGAAGCCACUGAUGGCUACAAGGCACUGAGGAGAAUGGCUCCAUUUUUUCUUGUCCCUCUGCAUCACCGGUCAGUCAAGGGCAAGGAAGACUAAGAUCCCUGAAUCAGGGUGAGAAGGAGGAGCGUAUAAACUUGCAACAAACAGAGCUGCUGAAAUCUGGUGGCUUUGCAAAUCACAGCCUAUCCCAUCUGUGGUUUUUCUGGCCUAAAAGCUGUAUUGCCCAGUAUUUGGGUGCCCUUUCCAAGAGCAAACAAAUGAUCCUUCCUAGUGGAAGCAAGUUCAUUGUGAGAUCCUUUGGGAACACUGUUCAGAAAUACCCUGAUAGACUUAUCUGGUAUCUUUCUCUGCUCUUAUCAGUAAAAAGAACACCUUGUCUAUACUA